AUGGGAGUGACAGGGCUGGCUAGAUGGAUCAACGCUCCCACAACCGGUGUCGAGCUCGUCCGUCAAAACAUCACGCGGAACCACCAGGGUGUCAUGCGCGGCAAAUGGCAGCUGAGUCUAGGAUCCUGGCGUUCUUCUCUUGGUGCCCCCAACAUGCAGAUCCCUGAGCGGGCUAUGUAUACUGUGACCAUGAAUGACAACGUAUUCGUCCAGAUAGAGGAUCCUGGCGCCCCAACACGAGCCGAGAUUCCUCAGCUAUUAGAGGCGCAGGGCCAAUCACCACGCUCGUUCCCUCCACCACCCCACUACCGUAACACAUUAAUGACCGUAAGUCCUCCUGGGGCUCUUGAACAGCUCAUAGCACAACUCCGUGCACGAUGGUUGCCGGUUCGAGGUGCUCCUACUGGCAGUCAAAAAUCUCAAAAUGCUGCUCAACAAGUGACCGUUGACGGCCUGAUAUAUUCUAUCGGCAAUGACUGGCUCAUACGUUUCGGUCAUGUCAUCUUGGCCGGAGGAGCGGUGAAGGGAAUGCUCAUCGAGGCCGAGUACCUCCCGCUCCCUGCCCUGCAUGAACAGACCAUAGACGGCUCUUCAGAGCUGCUAAUAGCUUUGCUUACUUCGGUCAUUCCAAUCACAGCGUCUGCAAAAAUGGUGGCUGUCACUGUCGCCGAUACGAUAUGGGAAGAGGUUCUUGGCGGCAUAGAUGACGAGGAUGCCGACUCCGAGUCGGACGGACAUUCCACAGUCAUUGACGAUAUCUUCGUAUCUCCGGAUGACCUCCCUCGAGCACAGCCAGGUGACUGGACGGGUCUCAACCGAGACCGUAGAUCUGCGUACUUGAUAGUAGGUGCAUUGAAACAAGAGGGGUUGAUAUGA